CGGCUUUGCGCGCUGCGGCGGCGGGCGGAGCGCUCCCGGCUGCGGCGCUCGGGCGCGGGGCGGAGAGGCGUCGCCAUGGGGGUGCACGGCGUCAAGGCGAUCUUCUUCGACCUGGACAACACGCUGGUGGACACGGCGGCGGCCGGGCGCCGCGCCAUCGAGGAGGUGGUGAAAGCCCUCCGUUCCAAGCACCACUGCGGGGAGGGAGACGCCCGCGGGAUCUGCGACAAGGUGCAGGCGAAGCUCCUCAAGGAGUGCCACGACCCCGCCAAGACGUGCAUCACUGAGCUGCGGAUCUCGCACUGGGAGGAGGCGAUCCAGGAGACCAUCGGCGGCGAGGCCAACCGCAGCCUGGCGGCGGAGUGCUACUUCUUGUGGAAGGCCACCCGGCUGCGGCACCUGACGCUGGCCGAGGACACGCGGGGCAUGCUGACCGAGCUGCGCAAGGCCGUCCGCCUGCUGCUCCUCACCAACGGCGACCGGCAGACGCAGCGCGAGAAGAUCGAGGCGUGCGCCUGCCAGCCCUACUUCGACGCCAUCGUGGUGGGAGGCGAGCAGAAGGAGGAGAAGCCCGCGCCGUCCAUCUUUCACUACUGCUGCGACCUCCUGGGCGUGCAGCCGGCGGAGUGCGUCAUGGUGGGGGACUCUCUCGACACAGACAUCCAGGGAGGGCUGAACGCCGGCCUGAGAGCGACCGUCUGGUUAAACAAGUCGAUGGCGGCCCCGGCCGAUGCCUCGCCGGUGCCUCAUUACGUCAUUUCGUCCGUUCUCGAUCUGCCGGCGGUGCUGCAGAAGAUAGAGCACAAGGUGAACGCGAAGUUAGGGACUGACCGUGCGGCGGGCGGGACCGAGGCACGCUGAGGGCUGCGGCGCGGCAGGGAGCUGUUGGCGGUGCUCCCGAUAACAAUCUGACCCCAGGGUUUUCAACUCGUGUACGUGAUGUUUUCCUUAAUCAGCAGGUGGGCAAGGAAGAGCAAGGUUGGCAGUGGAACCGGGGUAAAAACAGAGUAUUGGAUUCAUACAAAAGAUGCAAGUGCGGUUAGCUUAAAAUAACUGCCUGUAUCCGGAAAUUACUUUGGCAGACUGGCUAAAAUGUGUUUGUCUCUGAUGGGAGUCCCUUGUUUUAAGCUGCAAAAGAAAAUUGGAAUGUUUUGAUCAUUCAGUGGCGGCUGUUUGCUUUGCUGACCCGUAAAUUCAGCAGAAGCUUCAGUUCAAACCUUGCCUGCAGCACAUAAAACACACAAAGGUGAGAAGGUGUUGUGCAAUUUGCAGACCUUCACGGUCCAUCUGCAGCUCAUCUCAGAAACUGAAGUGAAUUUUGCUAUUCCGGAGAUCGGAAUUUAUUGAUAGAACUUAUUGUGUAGUAAACCGCUAGGAAGUGAUUUUCUCUGAUCCCUUUUCAAGUUGUAGCAUUUUUUUCAGUCUUUGCAGUGACUUUUAUGGAAUCCGUACCUGUUGCCAAAAGUGCUUCAAUGUACAUACAGAUUUGCAUUUGUACAGGGGACCAUUAAUCAGAGGAACUCAAUGAAUAAGUUUUUACUUCAUAUCAUCUUGGUGCUGCAAAUAAGCAGUGUGCUUGUAAAUCAUAUGAUGAUUUUUGUUGGAACAUAAUUGAUAUAACAGGGGUAUUUUCAGUGAUCAUCUUACUAUACUGUAACUUCUUUGGCAGCUCAUAUUAUUGUUCUGUCUGAUUUUAUUAGGGAAUUUUGAUCAGACUCAUUGGAGAAACUGUUUUUGGUCUUGCUCAGGUAUAUGACCACUCAGAUUCAGCUGCAGGUUCAGUGCUUUUUUUUUUUUUUACUGUUUGAAAUAGCACUGCUAUACAAUCCCUCCUUACUCCCAUUUCCACUUGUAUCUCAUGUGAUUUACUCUGGAGAAGGUGUUAGUUGUUUGUAAAUGGCUUUCAUAACACUUUUCCAUGAAAGUGGAAAAACUUGGAAAAUGGUGUCAUAUGUAACUAUAGUGCUGUGUACAAUUUCUUAAUGCAUAUGUGCUUUUGGUGGAAUACUUGAAACUGGAUGUUACAGAGAUGACCCUCUGAAACACAAAGAUUUCUCUUUCCCAGAUUAUUAUCUUAAUAAUUUAAAUUUGCUGUACUUCAUAUACUUAAUACAAAAGAAAUAAGAAUUUUGGGUGAAUGUAUGUAAGAAAUGUACAGAAGAAAUGCACCUCUUUAUAUGAAUUUAAAUUAAUACAACUAAGGAAGUUUCACAGUGUCAUGGAUUCUGUUUAGAGGAGGGUGUUAAUCUGCAUUAAAUUACUUGGCAAUGAGUAUAAUUUCCAUGAAACUAAGUUUCUCCAGCAUUGAAAUAGAUUGACAUGUUAAUUCAAGCUUGAAUCUCUUUCACCAAAUUAAUUCUUAAAAAUGGUAGAACUAUCCACAUUCUUAAUGUCAUCUAGCCAAGACCUUUGAGAUGCUAGGAUGACUGAGUACAGAGGCAGGCUCUGCUUGUACCUAUGAGGAAACAGGCUUAAGCCACAAGCAAAUUGCCAUGUGUAAUAUGAGCCAGUGGGAGUGACUGGACAUGCCUUUGUUACUGCAGUAAGAAGCCUAAGUUAAGAUUUUAUUUUCUCUUUGAGAGAGUAUGAAAACAGUCACUGUUGUAUGGCUUACAAGCAAAACAUUGCUAAUGACAUUCCUUAUAAUAAGAGACUGAGAGAAAAAUAGUGAAGGUCAUUGAGCCCACCAGGAAUAUUAUUUAACAGUAGAAAUGUAUCCAAAAGGUUAGAUGGAUCCCCAGAAAGAUAACUUAGUUGAAGUAAUCUGUUUUAACCAUACUGAAGGAAAACAGCUUUGUUUACAACAGUAUCCCAGAGUAGAAGCAGUUUAACUGCACUGCUUGCACGUCAUCAGGCUGACAGAACUUGUGUCAGAAUGAGGUUUCUGACCCAGCUGUGAUGUAAAAUAAUAAAUAGUAGUAAUCCACAGUUCUGUCUGUGGGCUUGAAGGGUAUUUAUUUACCAGAUUACCAUUUUUAAUGUAAGUUGAGGCUUGUAUUCUCUUGCCGUUGCAUCAUUCUGAAAUACGAUGCUGAGCCUGCUUGUUGUUUAAAAGGUCUCUUGUUUUAUAAGAGUCUGAUCUUUGUUUUGCACUUGGUUUUAGCCAGUUAUUUUGUUAUAUUUAUCAUCUAUGAAAAAAAAUGCUGUAACUGAACACUCAGGGGAUAGUGUGGUCUGUAGAGGUCACACAGAAAUAUACUUUUCCAUUGUGAGUACUGUACCAGGCUGGAUGUGACUACCAGCUUCCAGUUAGGGCAAUGCUAUUAUGAUGCUGCUAUAAAACAAGAAGAAAAGAGACAAGAUUUUUCCAUCUGGCAUCUUAUUAGAAGCAGUUACCCAAAAAACUGGAUUAGGUAUCUGGAAUAUCUAAAUACUCAGGAUGGUUUUCCUUGAUGGAGCUGUUACAGAAAACCAAGUGAAAAAUAGUUCUAUUAAUGAAAAUGGAAAAACAGAUGUAGUGGUGGAAUCAUUUUCAAAUCAAAAGUGAAAAUAUAUGAAUAAAAUUGUCAGUAUUCAGUUCCAGUUAAGUUCUGGCUUUGCUUAGUGACAUGCUCUAUUAGGUAAGUUGUCUAGUUUAAAUUAUACUACAAAAACACACUAAAUAAAAAAGAAAAAGAAAUUAUAAUUUAUUUUUAAUCACAUUUUCUCAGAUAAAUAUCUCCUGAGAUUAAUCUUCAGUAACGUUGACUUUAGAGUAAAUGAACUGUAACAACACUAUAAUGCCAACUGUAUUUAAGACAAUCCAUGUACUAGUCUAAUAAAAGUAUUUUGUUUAUAAAACCUUGUUUCUCACUGUCUUACCAUCACUGUUCUUUUAAUAGCAUA